AUGGCAGUGGGAAAUUUCCCAGUUGCUGCCUUGUUUGGAUGUGCAAUUCACAUCGAGUCGCGUAUUCGAAUGGGCAUCGAACUACCUGAUAGAACGAGAAAUGGAUCGAGUAUUGUCCUGGCCCUGCAUAUCAGUGUUCACGUCGAUAGUGCCCUUAAACAGCCUCGCCUUGCCAUCAGCCGUGCCAUCAACAAUCCUGGUGGCUUUGGUGGAUCUCAGGGUUUCAGCGGGCCCCAAGGUGGAUUUGGCGGGAACCAAGGAGGGUUCGGAGGCCCUCAGGGUGGAUUCGGGGGGAAUCAGGGUGGAUAUGGAGGAAACCAAGGUGGAUACGGAGGGAAUCAGGGAGGAUUUGGAGAGAAUCAAGGAGGAUAUUAUGGGAACCGGGGAGGAUUCGGAGGGAACCAGGGAGGUUAUGGAGGAAGUCAAGGUGGAUUCAGAGGCAACCAAGGUGGAUUCGGAGGAAAUCAAGGUGGAUUCGGAGGGAAUCAGGGAGGAUAUGGAGGAAACCAAGGUGGUUUCGGAGGAAAUCGAGGUGGAUUCGGAGGAAAUCAGGGAGGAUAUGGAGGAAACCAAGGUGGAUUUCGGAGGAAAUCAGGCGGAUUCGGAGGAAAUCAGGGAGGAUUUGGAGGAAACCAGGGUGGAUUCCAAGGGAAUCAAGGUGGAUUCGGAAGAAAUCAGGGAGGAUAUGGAUUUCCUCAAGGUGGAUUUGGAAGGAGAUAA